UGUUUCUGUACCCAGGUUUUGAAUUUGCUCAUACUUGGAUGCAACGCAAAGGAGAAUUUACUUAGUUACUAGGACAUUGAGAAGAAAACAUAGCAGAUAUAGGACACAUUAGCUGCUUACAGUGUUCUACAGAUGUUUUCUCCCUUUGCAGCACAGGUAGUCCCCAGUUUAAGAAAGAGUUCCAUUCCCAAGUGCCAGGAUGGUGGUUCUCUCGAAAGAAUAUGGCUAUGUGAUUCUCACUGGUGCUGCCAGUUUUGUCUUGAUAACACACCUUGCAGUAAAUGUGGGGAAAGCACGCAAAAAAUACCAUGUGGAGUAUCCAAAUAUGUACAGUACAGACCCUGAAAAUGGGCACAUGUUUAACUGUAUCCAGAGGGCACACCAGAACACCUUGGAAACAUAUCCCUCCUUCCUGUUCUUUCUUGGAAUCAGUGGGAUCUAUUACCCGCGUGUUGCUACAGGACUUGGUUCAGCAUGGAUAAUUGGAAGAGCGCUCUAUGCUUAUGGCUAUUACACAGGAGAUCCUAGUAAACGAAAUCGUGGGGUCCUCGGUUCCAUCGCACUUCUUUGUUUGGCAGGGACCACUGUUUACUCGGCUAUCCACCAUCUUGGCUGGAUCUGCAGAGCCUAGGCAGCAUCCAUUCUGGUGACUCUCUAAGAUGUCUUUAAACGUUUCACUCAUGUAAUUUUUAUCAUUACUUUGUAAAAAAAUAAAAGUGAAAAUCAAUCACUUCUGGUCCCAACAUCCCCUUCUUGGUAAAUCUCAAUAGCUUGCCAGCUUUUUUUGUUCCUAACACCAGACAUUUCUGUGGUGGUUAGCAUUUCCCUCUUUUUUGUAAUUGUAGGCACUGCCUGGUAAAGGUUACAAGCCUUCUUGAAUGUAUCUUUACUCUGAGCAGCCUUUGAAUGUGACGUGCAAAAAGUCUCUUUUCAGUUUGAUUUCUGAUACAAAAUAUAUAUGUGUGUGUGUAUAUAUACAUAUAUAUAUGUAUACAUAUAUAUAUAGAGAGAGAGAGAAAGAGAGAGAGAGAGAGAGAGAAUCUUAAGUGCAAUAUCAGAGCAUGCAGUAAUGUAGGCUGUACAGUUUCAGAUACAUUCUAGAAACACACACACCUCCAAGUCUAGGACUUUCUCCCACUUAGUUAUCAUCUCUGGGCUAUGACCAAGCAACAGCCACUCUCAAGCAAUGCUUGUUUGACAUAGUCAAAUCGAAGCUGGUAAUACCAUUCAGUUUCCCAUGGGAGAGAGCCUGAGAUACGUUAUGGGACCAGCUAUGUAUCUCACACAGAGAGGAGGCAUUACCUUAGCCCAAUGAAAUGUUCUCUCCUCAGCACUUCUGACAGGAAGGCACAAAAAGAUACCAUAACCACUACAGACAUGUCCCUUUGACUCAGAACAGGUUGAAACUAUCAAACAUGUUCUUCUGAACUGCCACUUUUAUACAGACCCAAAAGUGCUCUAAUUAUUCCACUUGUGACCAACAAAAUGGGAUGCACCAACUGACAUUAUGUACGAUUUCUGUUUUCUGACAUCCUGAAAAAACAUACAAGGUGGCCACGUUUUGUGUGGUAGCAUACAAAAUCAGGCAAAGGAUAAUUAAGAGCAAGUGAACCUGUCUUGAGUAUGGAUAGUCGGUAUGGAUAACUGAGUGUGGAUAACUCUUGGUUACUUACACCCUUGAAGGUAGGUCUUGGGGUGUACAUGCCAUACAUAUCAUUUACUAUAAGCAAAGUUUAUAAUCCCCAAAUCCCUUCUGGAUUAUUUUGUUGCUUUAUUUAUCUAUAUUUACUUGAAUUUUAUGCUACCAUUUUCAAAUUUUUACUACUCUGUUAAUUUUAAUCCCCCCCUUUUUUUUUUU